CGGCAGCGGCGGCGGCGGCUGCUGAAGAGGAGGAGGAGGGGGAGCGGAGGGAGGUGUUUCUGUCAGUUCCGGCUGUUUGUUCGGGAAGUGGAUCCGCCGCUGCCGGAGCAGCCCGGAGGGAGCUGCGGUUCGCGAGGCCAGCACCGACCCCGCCUGCCUGCCCGCGCCUCCCCCGCCCGCCAUGGCCCGGGACUACGACCACCUCUUCAAGCUGCUCAUCAUCGGCGACAGCGGUGUGGGAAAGAGCAGUUUACUCUUACGUUUUGCCGACAACACUUUCUCAGGCAGCUACAUCACCACGAUCGGAGUGGAUUUCAAGAUUCGGACCGUGGAGAUCAAUGGGGAGAAAGUGAAGCUGCAGAUCUGGGACACAGCUGGGCAGGAGCGCUUCCGCACCAUCACCUCCACGUAUUAUCGGGGGACCCACGGGGUCAUCGUGGUUUAUGACGUCACCAGUGCCGAGUCCUUCGUCAACGUCAAACGGUGGCUUCAUGAAAUUAACCAGAACUGUGAUGAUGUGUGCCGAAUAUUAGUGGGGAAUAAGAAUGAUGACCCUGAGCGGAAGGUGGUGGAAACAGAAGAUGCCUACAAAUUCGCCGGGCAGAUGGGGAUCCAGUUGUUUGAGACCAGUGCCAAGGAGAAUGUCAACGUGGAGGAGAUGUUCAACUGCAUCACAGAGCUGGUCCUCCGAGCCAAGAAAGACAACUUAGCGAAACAGCAGCAGCAGCAACAGAACGACGUGGUGAAGCUCACGAGGAACAGUAAACGAAAGAAACGCUGCUGCUAAUGCCUCGCAGCCCCUGCAGAGACUGCACUGCGGCCACUCCCUGGCCCGAGGCCCGCCGGGAUCCUCGGGGGACAGUCUCAGUUUCGUGCCGUUAUUUAAGAAUUCUCUCCACGUUUUUGUAUCUGGAGGCGCCAUCGGCACUUCCUCCCCUCCCCCUCGAGUACCAAGAAGGUGUUGGACAACCUGCCCUUCCCUUCUGGUGCCCCUGCCCCCUGGCCAAGGCGCCGGGGCCAGCGAGGACGCUGCCAGCGAGCGGACUGAUUACCGAUUUGUACAUAAUGUAGAUUGCUUUAGCCGGCCGUCUCACCCUCGUCCUGCUCUGACUUCGCCUCCCUAAUGCCAGCCUGCUGCAACAGACCCUCCCUCCCCACCCCAUCUUACCGCCAGCAGCUUCCUGAGGAGAUGGGAUCGAGUUCUAGCCAUGUCUUUUGCCAACCUGGGCUGGUGGAGUGGGCUCCACGUUCCCCAUUCUCCCCUGCAGGCCAUCGUUGACUUCUGUACCUGGCAGGUAGGGCCUCGCCCAGCUCCCUGCCCGCCCCAUCCCCUACCCCUAACUAUCUGGUAGUUGGGGGGCCUGGCCUUGAUGUAGGCGUAGGGUUCCCAUUAGAGGCCCUGCCCUCAGCUGACCCAGCCCGUGGGUUCCACAGGAGUCACUCCUGCCCUUUGGCCAACAGAUUUCUUGUCCUGUCUUCUAGACGCCUCUAAGCUACAAACCCAGGGGAGCUGUGCUUCUAUUUAUACCAACAUGUUUCAGUUCCAGCAGAAAGACAGGGUGUGUUCACGCAGGAACGGGGCUUAGGAGCAUUAUUUUAACAGCUGAGAAAAUGAAGCCCCUCACACUCUUUCCUCUUCCUGAGGUUUGGCUGGCACAGCAGCGAGUUGUGGCCUGCCCUUUGGUCCAGUGUUGGUAGAGAAGCGAAUGGCUUCCUGUCUGUGGGGCCGGGCUCUUGGCAGAGCAUUCCUGGAUGUUUCUUGGUGGGAAAGGAGAAGGGGCCUCUCACCCUCGUCUGUGUGGGUCCACGGCCUCCCACUGAGUUCCUGGGUCUUCGAUGUGGGCCGUGGGUGCUGCUGGACUGGGGAUGCCGCCUCUUGCCUCUGAGCUGGGUGGCAGGCAGCCUCGGGUCACUGACCGCUGUCUUGGAGCAAAGGUAGCACGAGGAUUCCGUAGCAGGUGGGAAGGAAUGGCAGCUGCGGCUGGGAGCCAGCCAGCUUUGACGACCCUGGUCCCUCGGAGGAAAAACCAGGGUUAUCUACACUUGAUUACUGUCCCCUUUCCUCCUCCUUGGGACACUUCACUCACCUUUCCCCUAAAAGGAUCACGUAACCUGGGAAUAAUUUAUUUCAACACCGUGGGGUGUUCUACUAGAUUACCUUUCCUGGCGAUUUCCAGGUGAAGCCCUGACUGGACAAUCACAUCACAGAUCACACUGCAGAUUUUCCUCGUUAACACUGUUGAGGGGUUUUUAAUCAAAACGUGGGGUGUCCUUUGACCUGCCUCCCCACUUCCCCAAACUGCCAAAACACUGUGGCUCCAUGUGACAGGUCUUCACUCCGGAGCCGCAGGAUGAGUUGGGGGAGUGCUUUGGGCCUGGGAGGCGGUGCUGCGGAGGGUGGCCGAUCAUGGGUCCUGGGUGGGCAGCACACUCCACUCUGAGCGUGAAGGCGGUGCCAUGUGGCGGUGCUUGCAAACUCAAGCAAUAAGAGGAGGGGGUCCUGGAAGUUCCCAGCCCCGGCUAGAAACACUCACGGCUCUGGCAGCUGGACGUCCAGGCCCAGGUGGCGGGGUGAUUUUGGUGACAACUGUGCCUGUCCCGCUGAGUGUUGUUCGCAUGAAUGGGGGGUGGGGGUGGGGUGCUCACAGGGCUGGGCCGACGUCCUGGUGGACCUGAUGCGAAAUCCUGUCGAACAACAAAACUUUUAAAUGGUUUGCUAGGAUUAUUUCUGUAUUGAAAGUUUCUAAUUAUGCUUUUUUAAAAAAGUACUAAAAAUAAAGGUUCAAGCUGCCAAA